AUGUCUAAACGCCCAGUGCGCUCACACACAAUUUCGAAAUCAUGCAGAAUACAACCUAAUACUCAGGUUACGCUUGAAAGAGUAAUUGGUUUUACAUUAAGUAAUAACUGUGCAGUCGCAUUCUCUGAUAAAACUGGUCUUAUCGCUCAUGCAGCUGGGUGUGUGACAGUUCUUCAUUCAUUUGAAAAUGAACGCCAACAAUUUAUACAAAGUCAAAGUCGUAAAGCUAUUACAGCAGUGGAUUUUAGUUCAGAUGGAAAAUAUUUAGCUACAGGAGAGUCGGGCCAUCAACCAAUGGUUCGACUCUGGAAUGUAUCAGAUCGUUGUCAACUGGCUGAAUUCGGUGGUCAUCAUUUUCGUGUAGCAGCAGUUCGUUUCAGUCCAAAUGAUCAAUAUUUAGUAAGUAUCGGAAGUCAAGAAGAUCAUACCUUGUAUGUUUGGGAUAGACAAAGUGGACAACGAGUAGCAAGCGCUAAGGUUACAAAUCGGAUCUAUGGAGUCGCUUUCAGUCCCACUGGACAAUUUUUUGUCACUGUUGGUGUCCGUUAUGUUCGAUUUUGGUAUUUGGAGAAUAAACGUAACAAAAUUCGUGAGACGUUACCACUGCAUGGACGAAAUGCUAUACUUGGUGAUAUGUUCAAUAGUGUAUUUACUGAUGUGUGUUGUGUUGUCUCAUCUUCAUCAUCACCUCCUGCUUCAGCCUCCUCCUCUUCUGCCUCUUUUAAUCCCGGUGGUUCUUCUCAACCUAUUACUGCUAGAUCGAAAUCGUCAUCAGAUCAUGAAGAUGUGACAAAUAAUAAUAAGAAUACAUCACCUUCAGUUCAUAAUACUGCUGCUAGUAGUGGUAGUACAACUUUAACAUUAGUGGUAAAUACUGCUGGACGUUUAAUACAAUUUAAUGGUCAAAGGGAUUUAGACAAAUGGGUUGAUUUGAAGACAUCUAGAGCAAAUUGUAUUUCAACAAGUGGUUCAUGGGUUACUGUUGGCUGUACUACCGGUGUUUGCCUUAUUUUUGAGGCUGAAAGUUUACAAUUUAUCGCUAAACUUCCCUUGCCUCAUACAUUGGGCUCAAGUUUGCAUCUUUCUUUAGAUGUAGCCAAUGAUUCAACUGGAAAUGAACCUAUUUAUCCUGAUAUUAUUGCAAUCAAAUUGGAUUGUACUCGUAAUCGUUUAAUAUGCUUCUAUAAUGAUCAUAGUAUUCAUGUUUGGGAUAUCCAUGACUUGUCAACAAUUCAAAAGUGUCGAUCACAUUUCUAUCACAGUCGGGGAAUAUGGUCAAUUGAUUGUUUACCUGAACAAUGGCAGCAUAAUAAUAAUAAAUCUUUAAGUCAUUUACCAUCAUGGUGGUUAAAUGAUAUGUUUGCCACAUGUUCAGAUGAUGGAACUAUUCGAUUUUGGAGCUUAAUUGCUAAUCAUCGAUCGGUGAAUAAUGAUAGUGGAAUACGAUUGUCAACAAGUGUUCCAGCUGAUUCAGAGUUUGCAGGAUCUGCAACAAUUGAGUGUACAGAGCAACUUGCUGGUAUCAUAUAUACAGAUCCAAGUUACAAAUAUUUAUGCACUAGUGAUCGUUCUUCAAUUUACACUAUCAGAAAUUCUGCUGAAAUCACUUUACCUAAAUUAGAAGGUGGAGUAGGUCCAUUAGGUGGACCAGGUUUUGUACCUGGUACAAAUGACAUUGGACAAAUUGACUCAGCGCUUCAAUCCCCGGUAUCACCAUCACGUCCUUCAUUCAGUGAGCAUUGUCAAUUGAUUUCUGCUGCAAAUUGUACAACUACUACCGGCAACAGUAACAAUAUUUCUUCUGGAUCACCGUCGUCUUGUGUGCGUACAAUAUGUAUCAGUCCAGAUGGUCGUCAUUUGGCGGCUGGUGAUCGUGAUGGUAGUUUAAGAGUUUAUUCUUUAGAGACAUUGGAAUUAUUUUGUCAAAUACCUGCUCAUGAUAAUGAGAUUUUAUCACUGAACUUUUUUCGAUCACAUUCAGUUCCACAACUCGUGCUGUUAUGUUCUGCAUCACGUGAUCGUAUGAUACAUAUCUUUGAUCCGAAUAAAGAAUACUCUCGUGUACAAACGAUAUCUGAUCAUUCAGGGGCAAUAUUUUCAGCAAAAAUUAUUGAAACUGAAGAUGGUGAGAUUCGUUUAAUCUCUUGUGGGAUGGAUAAAUCUUUAUUGUUUAGAAUACUUGAACCUGAUGAAUCUGGUCAAACAGCUCAUUUUGCCCUUGAACACCACUUAGUUGGUCGUCAUUCUCAACUGGAUGCUACAAUUACGCCUACAUUGACUACUUCACCACCUGAUAGCCGUACAAAUUCUGUUAAUCGUAAACGUUAUCUAGCUGUUGCAUGUCAGGAUAGAAGGUUAAGAAUUUAUAAUGUUGUUACAGCACGUCCAGUUCGAUGUUAUCGUGGUAGUUAUACUGAAGAUGGUUUUCUUGUUCGGUGUACUAUAGAUCCAACUGGAUCUAUUAUUGCAACUUCAGGUUCAGAUAAACAGCUGAAUUUAUUUCAUUUACUCACUGGUGAAUCCAUAGCCACACUUUAUGGUCAUUCAGAAUUAAGUUUAGGCUUACGUUUCCUGCCAAAUCUACGGUAUUUAAUCUCAGUCAGUGCAGACAGCUGUAUAUUUGUCUGGCGUUUAUCCUCCAAUCUUACACAAUAUUUACGUGAACGUAUAACAUCAACGUCAUCGUCAACAGCAGCGGCAUCACAUAUACAUAAAACAUCACUAGGCAAUUCAAUUAGUUAUCCUCAAUUGGAUGGUAUUUCUUUGAAGACAACAGCAUCAAGUGCUAGUGGCGGCUGCGGUGGGGCUGAAUACGGUGGAUUAUAUCGUAUUAAUCGAUCAGAAUAUUCUCGUCUUCAGAAUAAAUCAUCUAUGUUAAAUUUAAAUGCACCACGUAAACACGUGUGUAAAAAUUUCAACAGUGAUGGAGAUCAUGAUGAAGGAUCACGAGGAGGCGUGGUAGUCAAUCAUUGUGCAGGAUAUAAUAAUAAUAAUGAAGGUGCCAGUCAAACAUUGCCACCUUCUGAAUGGAAUGAUUCACUUGGUGAAUAUGAUAAAAUGGAAAAUUUGUACGGUGAUGAUGAUGAUGAUAGCGAGUUGGAUGCCUAUCCUUUAGAUGACGUGUUAUCAGUGGAUAAUAUGUCGAAUUGUAUGACCACGAACAUGAGUCAUAUUCAUAAUCAUAAUAAUAGUAGUGUAAAGAAACGUAAAUCUGCUGUUAGUGAAAAUGACCCAAAUAUGUGGGGUGACACCGUAACUAAUCAUGCGUGUAAAACACGUGGAACAGUGGCAUCGACUACACUCACAACUUCAGCCAAUAACAAUAGUAAUAAUAAUAAUGGUAACAAUCGUAAUACAAAAAAGCCUGAAUUCUAUUUCAGUGUUAGUGCACUUCCUGCUUGGGCAAGAAGAAAGUUGAGUCGACGUGAAUCGGUCACUCUUGUGCCAACAUCUUUAUCACAGGUUGUCAAUACUGACUUAGAUGUUGUUGGAUCAGAUUCAGCGAGUCAAGCGUCUGUAGGAAGUGGUCCAAUACUGCCUGCAUCGAGUAGUCCUGGUUCACAUGAAACUAUUCCUGAUCAUAUUCCUCUAUCGACAAUGACAAGUAGUAAAAUAUCGAAAUAUAAUAAUCGUCUGUCUAGUAAAAAGUCGAUUGAUGACGAUAUUUCUGAAAGAAAUGUGUUAACACCAGUAUCUGGAGGUGUACCAGUGACUAUUGCACAGUCUACAAUGCCACAAAUUAAAACAUACAAUCAAAUGUCACGAUCUGAUUAUAAAGCUAGAGAAUGUUACAAUUUCAGUCAAUCUAAUGAUGCUAAUCCCAAUGAACAAAAUCGUGAAAGAAAUAAAAUGAAUUGGAUAACACGUGCUGUCUCUGCUCCGGAUACACCUCGUCCUUACAAAAAAGAUGCUCAUAAUAUAGAUAAUAAUAAUAAUAAUAUUCGAAAAAGUGUGUUGACGACAACCACCGUACCGAGUGUAGUAAAAACACGAAAACCUGUUGAUAGUUGUCCGAAGAAAUUGCAUCCAACCCAGGGAAUUGUUGAACCGUCACCACCACCACCGACAUCUCAUACCAAUCGAUCGUCUAUACAGAAUAGACCUAAAGAUUUAGCAAUUGAACGACUCGCAUCACCGCGACCGUAUGAAAUUCGUGCAGAUGAUCUCCUGGUUAAUGAAUCAAUAGCUGGUAAAGAUUGUACAAAUCCAUUGCCUUUAUUUAAUCGACCUAAAACUAGGUCGAAUCAACGAUCAUAUUCAGCCACCCAGUUGGUGCAUACAAGUUCACCGACUCAGCAUACUUCUCCUUCAAUAAUUGACGAUGAUGAAUCAAUUAGUUUACGGACAACGCGUAAACACUGUUUCAUUGAUGAUGACAUGAGUGCUAAUCAUCCUCCUCCACGUUGCAGUGUUCAUCACCAUCAUCAUCACCAAUGUCAACAACAGUCAUCACAUCAACUGAAUACUUCUAGAACUCUACGUGCAUCUGUGGAUUUCACUUCAAAGGUAUCAUUGAUGUCACUGUCAUCUUCAUCCUAUCAAGAUCCUGAAAAUACUUUUCUUACUGCAAGAAGAUAUCCAUCCCAGUCGAUCACCAGUGGUAGACAAACUGACGAUCGAGUGACUAAUAAUAAUAAUAGUAAUAAUAACGAAACUCUCCGAAGAAGCUCAACACGAAUGUCUAAUCCAACUUUGUCGCAUACAAGAGAAGAGACGAAUUCAAUUAAAUCAGCUAUAGAAUCAUUGCAUGCUCUACGUGUAGCCUUAGACUUGGCUGUUGAACGCCUAGCUAAAUUAACCUGUCACAAUCAUAAAAGUAAAGAAUACUCUGGUCUACGUGAUAUUGUCAGUGAAGAACUUGAAUGGCGAUUUUCACGACUACGUGCUAUGCUUGGCUUGUCACCGGUUUGUGUUGAAGCACCAGUUGCUCGUGUCCUACUCGCUGAUAUUGUAGAACGUCUUAUACCAGAGUUGAAGUCAGCUAGUGCAGGUUUAGAAGUACAAAGCUCAAUAAUAGACAAUGAUAAUACUACUACUACUACUACUACAGACAGUGGAGCAUUACAGUAUAUUAGUCAUCAAUCAGAAUUAUAUAAAUCUCUUAAUUUAUCUGAUACUUCUGUAUAUGAUUUAACGGAAAUGAGUAAUUCAACUAUUAAUCCUAAUAAAAGUAAAGAUGCCGCCACUCUUGAUGCUGAUGAUAUUGAUGACGAUGAUGUUGAUGGUAGUUGAUGAUGAAGAUAUAGAAGGCGAUCAUGUAGAGAAAACUAAUCACUCAAGCGGUAAUAUUGUUAAAGCUAACACUGAGACGUUGUCAGCAUCCUCACCAACCUCUUCAUUAAACACUUCACGAUUGUGUUGUAAAGUUGAAAUGAACAGUCGCUGUAAAGAAGAAGAAGAAGAAAAGUGUAGUACUCAAGAGAAUAAAACACUAGAGACAACAUGAGAGAACACUAUACAGUUGUUUUUUUUCAGUCUUUCUGUGCGCGCUGUCUUCUUUUUUUCUUAAUUUUGGUCACUGUUUUGCUUUCCUAACUAUUUUCU